GCCCCCAAUUCAAACAUUUCUUUAACCUAGCAACAACAGUAGUAACAGUGAAUUGAAGAAAUUUCUUCUCUUUGGAGCGAAAUCUGCAGAAGCAAUCACCAUCGUUCAACUCGACCACGGAUUAUCUGCAGAAGCGAUCACCACCGUUCAGGUCGACCAUGGAUUAUCAGCAGAAGCAAUCUCCGGCGUUCAGCAAGUCUUCCGAUUCAAAGGUUAGCAAAAAGUAUAUUCACGAUGAUGUUGCCUUCUACGUUCUUUCGAAACUUCCCAUAAAAUCAUUGAAACGCUUUGGAUGCGUACGCAAAUCAUGGUCCAGUUUAUUUGAUGACUCUCAUUUCAUGACCGUGUUUCGCAGCCAUUUCAUAUCUCGUCACAAUUCUGAUGAUCAUCAUCAUACAUUUCUCCUCAUAUAUCAACCUGACUGUGAUGAUCAUUACCAUCCUGAAUUGCAUUUGCUCGAUAGUAGAAUCAAAUUAAAUUUACCGCCUCCGUUUUCAGAACAUGACCAUUCUCUUAGUAUUUUGGGCAAAACAAGUGUUAACGGUAUUUUUUGUAUUGGACAACUUUUAAUAGGGGGAAAUAAGGUGAGAUAUGUAUUGUGGAACCCAGCAACAAACGAAUUCGUCAAUAUUCCUCCAAGCCCCAAUGAGGUUAUGUCAAAACACCCUCUCCUUAGUGUAUUUCAUAAAUUUCACGGAUUUGGUUAUGACCAACUAAGAGAUGACUAUAAGGUGAUUCAGUAUGUAUCAUUUGAUAGCUCAAGUUGUGUUGGCUAUGACCUUGAUUCUCCUCCACCUCAAGGUAACACAUUUACUGGUGACGAAUUGUACACGAAUGGUGCAUGUCAUUGGUUGGUUAAGGGUAAAAUACAUGAUACAAUAGCUCUCAUGUCAUUUGACCUCAGUCAUGAGGUGUUCUUUACAACACCCAUUGGUGAAAUAUCUGAUUUCAAUUAUGGACAUUUGGCAGUGUUAAAUGGAUCAAUUGCUUAUAUCAUAAAUCAUGAUAACAAUGAUAUUUUUCACAUAUCUAUUCUGGGUGAACUCGGUGUGAAAGAAUCAUGGAUCAAACUAUUUAUUUUUGGCCCCGUGCCUUCUAUUGACUGGCCCCUAAUUGGAUUUGGGAACAAGGGAUACAUUUUCUUUAGAAAAAAAGAUGAUGAGCUAGCCUAUGUUGAUUUGAGCACCCAAAUAAUUGAGGAGCUUGGUGUUAAAGGGGAGGAUUGUUGUUGUAAGAUUGGAAUUUAUAAGGAAAGCCUUCUCUCGAUUCGAGGAUCAAGUAACUAGUUUUUUUUUCUUAUUGUUUUCACCUGGAGGUAUACUUGCUAUGGUUAGUAGGAUUUUUACCUUGUAUUUAAAGGAUUUGUACACCAUGUAUUUGAUAAUUUAACAAGACAUUUGGUGAUAUGGAUCUUGUUUCUUUUCUAUUUCAUUUGUAAGGAUGAUAUGUUUUCUUUAAUGAAUGUGUUCCAAUUUUACUCAUUAUAUUAUAUAUCUAUUUUUGAAUUUCUUUUCAAUUUUACUCAUUAUAUUCCCCACAUGAUAUACGCCAUGGUGUACCCCGGGUUCCAGAAGCCAGAGUUUCACCAAGGCCAGAAGCAAUUUCGGCCAACACAGAAUUGUUAUCCUGGUCUGUCGGGCUCAUAGUAUGUAGUACAAAUGAUAAAUCUAGUGAAAGCAUUUCUUGGAUCAGAAUUGCCAUUGAAGCUUCCUUCUGAGGCACGCCAGCAGCUCUGCGGCUCAACACUGCCCUCCGUGUGUACAGUGAAGCCCAUACUCGGCCAACCGCAUCUGCAAAAGCUGUUGGAUUGGAAGGACUCACGUUUGGUAUUGAAUCAUAAAGUCCAGCUGCUGACAUUCCAGCCAAAUCUUCCACAUUGGCGCUGGAUCGAACAAUCAAACGUGCAUUGCUUGGAAAUAAUUUUCCAAUGCUUUCAAUGACGUCUUUUGAUAGUUUCUGGGAAGAAAUCAAUUCAUAUUCUAAAAGGAAGGUUUCAUAAUGUCAUAGACUGUAUUUCCAACUCCCUGCAAUGGAGAAAAAAAGGCUUAGCAGCUAUAGCUAAUUUGACUUGAUAAACAAAAUUCAAGUCAUGAAACUUUUUUUUAAUGUUAUUUUUACUAUUGUAAAUAUUUAUCAAAAUAAUUUUUCUACUGUUUACCUA